AUGAAGGUUCUCACUAUCCUCUCUGCAGUUAUGUUUGCCACAUUUGCGGUGGUAGGGGCUGUGAAUGUUGAUGAUGGUCAACCUGAAAAAAGACAGGCCUAUCCAGGUGUCAUGCACUUCGAGUCCAUGGAUUCGUUUCGAACUAUUUGGACUUUUCAACAAUUGUUUUUCCCUGCCUUAGUAUAG